UCUACACUCAUUCAAAGUUUUGUUGUUGUUGUUUGUUUUAUCUUUUUUUCUGAAUGAAAAAGGUAACAAAUCUGCGCUCGUGACUCCUGGCUGACGUCACGGCGUGCGAACAGACCGGGGAGGGGUGUAUGGGGGGGGGUCUAGCUGCAGUCACGAAGCAGCGCGAGCACAUUCCAGCGCCACGCCCCCUCCUCUUUAUAACGGAGAGGAGGCGCCGCUACUCCAUGCAAAGCUUCUCCAAGCUCGCGAGAAACCUGAAGGUACGUCCACGCGCCGAUUCUCCUGAAGUCCAGCUCUGCUUUGUGAUGGAGAUGUAUCAGGCCGGAUAUUAUACAGAGGACUUCAGAACUCAGGAGGUUCCUGGCGGCUUUGACUUCAGCUCAUAUGACUACAAUGGUGAAGACCUGUCCUUUUUGUUAGACAGCAAAGGACCCGUCCAACCGCAGUACGCCGACACGUACGGAGAACUGCAGAAGGACCACAGCAACAGCUCCAAAGUUCAUUCCACCGAUAAUGGCUUAUUUAGUCUAGAGUCCUUCCCUGAGUUCAACUGCUGGACAGCCUAUAACACAGUUCCUGAUGGGAUGGUGACAGAGAGACAGCAGGGGGGCUUUCACGACUCUCCCUCUCAGACCUAUCAGAACCUGCUGCCCCCCUGCCCACCAACCCAGAGCAGCCCCUUCAGCUCCUCCGUGGACCCCAGCAGCCUCUACCAGCCUCCCAAAGAGCUCGGCUGCAGAGGAACAGGUGACGCAGAGAGGAGUUACGGUUUGUACGAGUCAGACGCUCAGAGCAGACCGUCGCCCUACUGGUCAGAUUAUUCCUCCUCCAGCUACUGCAGUCCGCUGCUCGGACAGCCUCCAUCCGCCUCAUCCCCCCUCCCUCAGCCUUCAGAGCCCUUCUGCCCCCGCGUGGCCAAGCGGCGCACUGCACCCUCUCAGAGACUGGAGCGCGAGGGCGAGGGGGCGGGCAUGUCCGCUUACCCAGGAUCAGGGCCCAUCCAGCUGUGGCAGUUCCUGCUGGAGCUUCUGCUGGACUCUGCGUGUCACACCUUCAUCAGCUGGACAGGAGACGGCUGGGAGUUCAAGAUGUCCGACCCUGCAGAGGUGGCCAAACGGUGGGGUCAGUGCAAGAACAAGCCUAAGAUGAACUACGAGAAGCUGAGCCGCGGCCUGCGCUACUACUACCACAAGAACAUCAUCCACAAAACGGCCGGCAAGCGCUACGUCUACCGCUUUGUGUGUGAUGUGCAGGGCAUGCUGGGAAAGAGCGCGCAGGAGGUCCUGGCCAGCAUGAACAUCUCACCGUCGAGCGCAGGAUCACCGAGAUCAGCAGGUACCACGAAGUCAGAAGACACAGCAGACGUCUGGCCUCAUUAGCAAAGUUCACUCUUCAGCGCUGUGAUGAAGGAGGAGCUUCUCCGCUGAAGGAGCUUCCAGAGAGUCGAUUACAUCCAGGAUUCAACAGACUUUCGCACCUCCAUUCAUCUCCACUGCUCUGUGGACGGAGAACCUCCACCUGGAUGGCCUGGAGCACUGUCAGCGCUGCUGACGACAGACUUCAUCCAGACUUUAGUAUCUCAGUACCUGUAAAGAAAAAACAAACUUGGAGGUAAAGCCUUGUGUUGACACUCUAUGCUGGUUCUGCAGUAAAGGGAAUGGUUCUAUUUAGAACCAUGAGUUCUAUACGGACUCAUUUCAUGCUUAAAUGGUUCUUUUUUGAGAAUGGUUCCAUGUAGCACCGAAAAGGUUGUGCUAUUUUUAAUGAAGUUUGAAACAACAAGACUUUUUUGGCGCUAUUAUAGAACCACAUACAACACGUUCUCCAUCAAUCUGAAGAACCAUUUCACCAUACAGAGAACCACGUAUGCAAAUGAUUCUAUAUAAAACUCAUGGUUCCAAAUAAAACCAUUCCCUUUACUAAAGAACCCUUGAAGAACCAUCUUUUGUGAGAGUGUAUAUGGACAUAUGAACAAGCUCUAAAUAAUCAAUGCAAUUCGACAUAUUUUAACAUUUUUUUAUCAGCUACCUCUUUUUUAAUUUGGUGUUCCAGCAUCAGAUUGUGUAUUAUUGUAAAUAAAUCAUUUUGUCUACGAUUCA